AUGUUGUUCCAAGUAGCAAGAAGAUCAACUGUCAACGUUGCUAGAAAUGUUUCUGUCAGAGCUUUCUCCUCUGCUCCAGCCAGAAGAAACUUGAUCAGUGACUUGUACGUUUCUGAAUUGAAGUCUUUCAAGCCAGCUGUUGUCAGUGCCGCUGACGCUGCCGCUGCCACUAAGGCCUGGAAAUUGCCAGUUUCCCCAAAGAGCCCAGAAGUUGAAGGUGAUAUUACCACCGACAUUUCUGCUUACGAAGCUGCUGAAGUCGAAACCGAAGGUGCUACCCCAGCCGCUGAAGCUGAAGCUCUUGGUGAUGACUGGUUUGUCGUCGAAGAACUCAAGCCAACCCACCACCACUAA